UUCUCUUUCUCUCUCAUAUACUCCACGAUCAAUGCCAAGAGCUUUUCCAAUCUCACAAUCAUUCUGUACACAGACAAACUGAACACAAAUAUAUAUAGUUUAUGAUUGAGUUCUUUAUGUAUAAUAAUUAAAAAAGUUGGUAUUCAUUGCAUUUCAAGCAAUUAUAACGCGAAGACCCAGAAAAGAUAAAACCUCCUAUUCAAUGCAUUAUCCUCUUUUCAACCCAAUUACUCGGCGUUUCCCUCUCUUCAAGCUUAUUUUCUUGGAAAACCCAAUUUUUCCUUUAACUUUCCUGACAAUCACUUGCUUUCUGGGUUGACGGUUUCCUCACCAGUUCCUCCUUUAUUGUUACUCAUGCGCCUCAGAAGAGGUACGUCUGUAAACCUCAGAUACUGGUCUUCAGUUUCUUAUUGAAGCAAGUUAACUGGGGUUUCUCCAAUCGUGGAUUAAUCUUUCUCUGCGAUACAUUUGUUUGGAAUAUUGUGUACAAACUCCUUGAAUAUUUUCAGUCCGGUUUUAUCUGGGUAGUUUGUGUUGUGGGCUCGUUUGCUUUUCAUUCUCAAACCAUGAAGCUUGAGUUGUUCAUGUGAAUGCAUAGAGUUCUGCUUCAUGGGUAUGCAGAGAAUGUCAUAUAGGUGGUUGAAUGUGUUUCUUCUUGUUGUCGCCUUCUUGGUUAAUGAAUCGAAAGAGCUUAACAUUGAGGGGCAAUAUCUUCUUGACAUAAAGAGCAAACUUGGUGACAAAUUAAACAAGCUGAGAAAUUGGGAUCUUAGUGAUUCCAACCCUUGUAGAUGGGUAGGUGUUAAUUGUAGUUAUGAUUAUUAUGAUCCUGUAGUUACGUCUCUUGAGUUGAGGGAAAUGAAUCUUUCUGGCUAUUUGUCUCCUACCAUUGGUGGACUGAUUUAUUUGACUUACCUUGAUCUUUCUCACAAUGAUUUGUCCCGGAGUAUACCGAAAGAAAUUGGGAACUGUUCAAGUUUGGAAGACCUUAUUCUGAACGACAACCAAUUUGAAGCUCAAAUCCCCAAGGAAUUGGGAAAGCUUUCCUGUUUAAAAACUUUGAACAUAUACAAUAACAGAUUAUCAGGGCCAUUUCCAAAGGAGAUUGGAAACAUUUCUUCACUCUCAGAAUUGUUGGCUUAUAGUAACAACAUCAGCGGGUCAUUGCCACCUUCUUUUGGGAAUCUUAAGAGAUUAAGAAGCUUUCGAGCAGGACAGAACAUGAUAUCAGGAAGUUUGCCUUCGGAGAUUGGUGAAUGUGAGAGCUUGGAGUAUCUUGGUCUUGCACAGAAUCAGUUGAGUGGUCAAAUACCAAAGCAGAUUGGUAUGCUCAAGCAUUUGAGGGAAGUGAUUCUUUGGCAGAACCAGUUUUCAGGAUUUGUCCCAAAGGAGCUUGGCAAUUGUACAAGUUUGAUUAUUCUUGCUCUCUACGAGAACCAAAUUGUGGGAGCAAUACCAAAGGAGCUAGGAAAUCUUGUGUCUCUGCAAAAGUUAUACCUUUACAGAAGUCAGUUAAAUGGAAGUAUUCCGAGGGAGCUUGGCAAUCUUUCUUCAGCUAUAGAGAUUGAUUUUUCAGAAAAUAUGUUGACUGGAGAAAUUCCAGUUGAGCUUGGUAAGAUUUCAGGGUUGGAACUGCUUUAUCUUUUUGAAAAUCAACUUACAGGAAUCAUUCCAGUUGAGCUCACCAGUUUGAAGAAUUUGACAAAGCUUGAUCUCUCCAUUAAUUUUCUCAGAGGGCCAAUUCCUAGGGGAUUCCAAUUUUCAACCGAACUGACUAUGUUGCAGCUCUUUGAUAACUUCCUCACUGGGUCGAAUAAGCUCGCUGGAAAUAUCCCAAUAGGGAUCAUUAACUGCCCAAGCUUAUUGCAGCUCCGUCUGGUCGGAAACAGCCUUACAGGCAGUUUCCCAUUAGAUUUGUGCAAAUUGGUGAACCUCUCUGCAAUUGAAUUGGAUCAGAACAAGUUUACUGGCCCAAUUCCUUCAGGGAUUGGUAACUGCAGUACUGUACAAAGAUUGCACCUUGCAGAUAAUUACUUCACAGGUUCGUUGCCAAAGGAGAUUGGUGAUCUUUCCCAACUUGUCACCUUCAAUGUCUCAUCAAAUUCUUUAACAGGAGAAAUACCAUCAGAGAUUUUUAAAUGUAAGAUGCUCCAACGACUUGACCUUAGUCGGAACAAUUUUGCUGGUCCUUUGCCUAGUGAGAUAGGAUCACUUUCCCAACUGGAGCUUCUCAUGCUUUCAGAUAAUAAGCUGUCUGGUGCUAUACCUGUGGAACUAGGAAAUUUGGAACGCUUGACUGAGUUACAGAUGGGUGGCAACUCAUUUUCUGGUACUAUACCUGCUGAGUUGGGUGCUCUCACAGGCCUACAGAUAGCAUUGAAUUUGAGUUAUAACAAUCUCUCAGGUGAAAUCCCUGCGCGGCUUGGGAAUAUUGUUUUACUAGAAUUUCUUCUGCUGAACAACAACCAGUUGACUGGUGAAAUUCCGACCUCAUUUGGUAAUUUAUCAGGUUUACUUGGCUGCAAUUUUUCUUACAAUGAUCUGACGGGGCCUAUUCCUUCCUUGCUGCCCUUUAAAAAUAUGCCUGUCAGCAGCUUUAUUGGGAACAAGGGACUUUGUGGUCAACCUCUUGGUAAUUGCGAUGGAACAACAUCUCCACUUCCUCUUCUGCCAGCUUCAGAAAGGGAAAAAACAAGUUUGGGUAGAAUCAUAGCUAUAGUUGCAGCAGUUAUCGGUGGAGUUUCCCUCAUUUUGAUUGUGGUUAUCAUUUACUUCAUGAGAAAGCCAGCUGUUGAUACAGUUGUUCCUUCCCAAGAUAAACCCUCAACUUCUCCAGUUUCAGAUAUUUACUUCUCUCCCAAGGAAGGUUUUACUUUCCAGGACUUGGUUGCAGCCACUGACAACUUCGAUGAUUGUUUUGUUAUUGGAAGGGGAGCUUGUGGAACUGUAUAUAAAGCAGUCUUACCAACUGGUCAAACUAUUGCUGUUAAGAAGCUGGGAUCGAACAGAGAGGGCAAUAAUUAUGUAGACAAUAGCUUCAUCACAGAAAUUGCAACGUUGGGAAAUAUCAGGCACCGGAAUAUUGUGAAGCUCUAUGGUUUCUGCUACCACCAAGGUUCCAAUCUUCUCCUUUACGAGUACAUGUCAAAAGGAAGUCUUGGAGAAAUGCUUCAUGGAGCAUCCUGCAGUCUUGAUUGGCCAACGAGGUUCACCAUUGCACUUGGAGCAGCUCAGGGACUUGCGUAUUUACACCAUGACUGUAAGCCUGGGAUUUUUCACCGUGACAUCAAAUCCAAUAACAUACUACUUGAUGAUAAGUUUGAAGCUCAUGUUGGGGAUUUUGGACUAGCAAAGAUGAUAGACAUGCCACAAUCUAAAUCAAUGUCUGCAAUUGCAGGUUCUUAUGGCUACAUUGCUCCCGAAUAUGCAUACACAAUGAAGGUCACAGAAAAAUGUGACAUCUACAGCUAUGGAGUGGUUCUACUGGAGUUGCUGACAGGAAAAGCGCCUGUUCAGCCACUAGAUCAAGGUGGUGAUUUGGUUACGUGGGUGAAAAAC